GCGCGCCGAGCAACUCAACUCACUGACUCGCACCGUUGCUUUCAUUCCAAAAUUCUUAGUUAAAAAUAUAAUUAAUUCCUUCUCUCUCCCUUUCUCUCUCUCUGUCUGUCUCACUCCCUUCACGUCUUUCUGACCACCGCAUGUUCAUUCAUUUACUCACUCUCUCUCUUCCGCUCUCUGUCUUCUGGAAAUGUGAAAUCGAAGAGCAGAGGCCAGAGCGAUACAUAAUUAUAGCAUACGGUUUUUGAGAGAUAAGGGUUUCUCGGAGGCGAGAAGUGAAGAAUGCCGUUGACGAGGUACCAGAUAAGGAACGAGUACGGCUUGGCCGAUCCGGAACUCUACGGAGCAGCCGAUAGAGAUGAUCCAGAGGCUCUCUUGGAAGGCGUGGCCAUGGCUGGCCUCGUCGGCGUUCUGCGCCAGCUCGGCGACCUUGCUGAGUUUGCUGCUGAAAUAUUUCAUGACUUGCAUGAAGAAGUAAUGGCAACUGCAACAAGAGGCCAUGGUCUCGUGGUUCGUGUCCAACAGCUUGAAGCAGACUUUCCUUCAAUCGAGAAGGCAUUUCUAUCUCAAACUAAUCAUUCAUCAUUCUUUUCCAAUUCAGGGGUUGACUGGCAUCCUAAUCUGCGUUCUGAACAGAAUAUGAUCACCCGUGGAGACUUACCUCGCUUUGUAAUGGAUUCUUAUGAAGAAUGCCGUGGUCCUCCUCGGUUAUUCCUUUUGGACAAGUUCGAUGUUGCUGGGGAUGGGGCGUGUUUAAAGAGGUACACUGAUCCGUCAUUCUUUAAAGUGGAACCAGCAUCCUCAAUAGCGACAGUAGAGAUGCAGAGAGAAAAGAAAAUCCGUAAAGUGAAGAAGAAAGGAUCACGCUGGAGGAAUGGAGAAACCCCAGAAGCUGCACUGACAUCACAUGCCAAAUUGCAUGAGUUGUUCCUGGAGGAGCGUAUUGAGAAUGGUCACAGUGACCCUGCACGUCUUGUGAAAUUGAAGAAAAGACAUUUGAAUGGAUCUGCAGUUGACUCAAAAACUGGGAAAAGUUACAUGGAGAAAUUUCUGGAGACUCCUUCACCAGAGCGUAAACUUGUUUGUGAAACUUCUGUUACUCCACCACUCUUGAGAUUGACCUCAGAUAAUACUGGUGAGCCAGAGCUUAGAAUACUUGACAUCAGUAUUGUGAGUCCUGCAGCAAUGUCCCCAGAAACCAAAAGCACUAACUCUUCACCUAACUCCCAAGAAGCUAUAUUAGAACUAUCUGUGGAUGGCUUUAAUGGGGAGGCUUAUGAUGAAGAAGUUGCAAAGGGGUCUGAACCAAACUCUGAUGUUGAGACUAAUAAAAGUUAUUCCAACCUACAGAAGGUGGCAGUUGAUAAGCGAUUAGCAGGUGAUGGAGAACACAAAACUGGAGGCAGCGUAGAGGGGUCCACCCCCUCCAGUUCUGAUGAUAUGACCAGUGAGGUAGACAAUUACAUGGAUGCUCUUGCUACAAUGGAUUCAGAAAUGGAAACUGACAAUGAGUAUAAACUUAAGAACAAUGUGCGGUUCCUGAAUGUUGAAAAAUAUGGGACAGACUCUGAUGCAAAUGAGGAGGAACAUCUGGAUCUUCCAACUCGGUUUCCGGAUUCUCAGUCGAUUGGGAAUUCCUCUGCAUCAGAUGACGGGAAGAAUUCGUUCGAAAAAGAUAGAGCCAGUAUUUCGCACUCUGAUACUUUAAGCAAUUUGGUUGAGAGUACACCAUCAGAGUGUAAUGGAUCAGCUAAAGAAUUCCCUUCUACUGAAACUUGUGGAGCUGAUAAUUUUGAGAUGUCAUCCGACCAAAACUCUGAAAUUGCGGAGUCUUUAGAAGCCACAUCGAAGGAGCAUGUGGUGUCUCAAAAUGCAUGCAUUAAGGAAGAAGUAAUUCCUGAUAGUGGAGAUACAUCUUGCAGUGCAUUUGUUAGGGAAACAAGUCCUACACUACAACAUUCAGACCCUGGGGCAAACUCACAAGUGGUAUCAUUGGCAGGACUUGUGUUAGAUGAAACACCCUCUAAUGAAAUUAACGUUGGUUAUAAAUCAUUAGACAUCAAUGAAAAUGGGACACAUCUGGAUGAUUCUCUGGCUGUUGUCCCUAACGAUUCCUCCCAGAAUAAGGAUGAAUUCACAAAUACUUCUUCAAGCCAUCCUGUUGAUGAAUCAGAUGAUGAAGAUUUAGGUGUCAGUUCUGAUGCUUUGCUGCAUUUGUCAGAUGUUGAAGAGCUUUCUUCUGAAGAUCAAAUUGGAAAUAAUGCUGUGAAUGAAAUGUCUCAGACCCAGUGUGCUAAUGAAGAUUCUAUAGAAAGCUUCGCCAGAAGAAAGAGUGAUUCACCAUUUUUAAGUAUUUCACCCACAGAAGAGCAGGUCUCUUCCUCAGCACUGCCAGAAGUACAAACACCUUCAGGUAAUAUGGUACGGCCUUAUUAUAGAGAUAUUAUAAAUCCUGAUAACAUGGCUUCCAAACUUGAUGAUCCUGUCACACCAACUGCAGUCAAUUCUGAAGUUAUACCAUUUGUUGUGGAUGCUGCAUGGAGCACAGAAGAGUUAUGUCCUGUAGUAGAUGCUCCACAAACACAUGGCCUAAUGGAGCAGCAGGAUGCUCCACAGACACAUGGCAUAAUAGAGCAGCAGGAUGCCCAGCAGACACAUGUCCUAAUAGAGCAGCAGGAUGCCCCGCAGACACAUGUCCUAAUAGAGCAGCAGGAUGCCCCGCAGACACAUGGUCUAAUAGAGCAGCAGGAUGCCCCGCAGACACAUGUCCUAAAAGAGCAGCAGGAUGCCCCGCAGACACAUGGCCUAUUAGAGCAGCAAAUCUCUGAUUUAAGUGAGGAUGUUCCCCAACUUGAAUCCAUCUCAGCAGAAGCGGUUGCUCCACAUUAUAAGCAGAAAAUCGAUGUCGAAGAGACAUCUAGGACCAUGGAUGGUGAGGAGUUACGGUUAGUCACCAGUGGUGCUGAUGUGGAGGGUGGCGAUACAGUUUCUGUGGAACUGCCAUCUAAUUGUCUCACUUAUCCAGGCCAUGAGGAUCAUGCAAAGUCAGAUGAUGUGGUACCUGAAACACUUCAUGUAGAAACUGUGGCUGUGCCCUAUACUGCUGUUGCCCAACCUGAUGAUUAUGUCAAUGAUGUUAGUCAUUCAUCUCCAAAUGCAAUUUCUUCUCCACCAAGGAAUUUUAUAAAUUUGAAUGAAUCUCUUCCUGGAUUUGGGGAUUCCCAUGAGAAAGAAACGGAAUUGGAUGAGGUAGUUUUUCCAGAAUUUGUCACAUACUCAGAAGUGCAAAAGGAAGGAAGUAAAAAAGAAGUUGUUUCUCUGGAUUCAGAAUCAAACUCAAGCAAAUCAGUUGCUUAUGACCUUUCCAGUUCUACCAAUGGUGGUCAUCUGGAUGAACUGACUGAGAACAGUUUGGCUGUCUGUGAUGGCACCGCAGAAUCAAACCCAAGCAAAUCAACUACUUAUGACCAUUCCAGUUCAAAAAUAUCUGAUAAUGGUCAUAAUUUUUCCCCCAAUCAACAGUCUGAAAACAGUUUAGCUGUCCAUGAUGUGACCACAGCCUCAACAUCUUUAGAAAUGAGCCAUCCAGAGUCCGAAUCACAAUCUCUGGAUCAGAGUGACAAGGAAGAUGUUGUAUCUUCACCCACCUGCCACCUCCCAGAGCCUGAAACUAGUUCAGAAAAAUCAUUGGAGUUGCAAGCUAAUCAAGUUGAUAUGGAAUAUUUGCCAAGAGAUGGAGCAGAUCGGCCAGAAGCUGCCUUAGAGCAGUCGCUGGUGUUCCAAUCUGAUCAACUUGAUGUGGAAUGUUUGCAAGAAGAUCGAGCAAGUAUUAACUCAUCAAGUCUUCAAUCUGCACAGAUAGGGGCUCCAAAUCACAUGGAUGAGGAGAGAUCCAAAGAGUUACCAUCGACAGAAAACGUCAAUCAGGACAUACGCUCGGAUGCUUCCUCAGAAUCUUGUCCUCGAGACCUCCCAAGUCAACCUUUAACAUCAGUGGUCUUACCAGAAUCAGCAGGUCAGGAAGUUGAUGUCACAAAGCAAACAAUGGAACCAUUAGAAUCUACCCUUCCUAGGUUAGUCCCUGAAGCAACUGCGGUCAAUCUGGAGGACAUGCCACCAUUGCCACCUCUACCACCUAUGCAAUGGAGGAUAGGAAAGCAACAUCCCUCCCUACCCUCAUUCCUGCCAAUACAGCCAUCAGAAGCUGAUGAGAAAGCUCAAUUUGAUAUACCAGCACCACAGAGGGAGGUGCUGCAGCCUCAGAACCCAUUUUUGCCUCUCACAUAUGUGGAAGACGGGAAGUCCCAACAUGUUUCUGAACCUUUGAUGGGAAAUGUGGUGCACCCUGCCCCGUAUUCAUUGCAUUUACCAGCCAUAGUUAAUGAUGCUAAUUAUCAAUACAGUUUCCCUGAUUUAGGGGGAACGCAAUUCCCAAACCCAUUUUUAUCAUCGUCAGAGAUAUCUGAUGACAGGUCUGGACAUAAUCACUUUGCUUUAGAAGGAGAAAAAGUUCAGUCUAGUACAAAUCCAUUCACAGUACCGCAUACUGAAUGUACAACUUUUAGACAUGAGCCUGAAUCUUCUGAUGGAGCAAUUAUCCUACCUCUGCAGCAGUUAACACUGGAAACGGAUUUAGAGUCUAAGGUACUUGAACAUUCAUUGAAAAAUUCAGAAUGGGAACACGGAAAACCCCCUCCCACAUCUGUGACAGCACCAACAAUGGUAGAUGAGCAGCCUCAGCAUAGUUUGACAACAUCAGAGGGAGAAACGACAUGGUCUCCAAAUAAUUCUGCUGCAAUGUCAGACUAUGAAGUUGGAAGGUCCAAUGGAAUUCCAGUUAGCAAGCUCCCUCGUCCAAGAAAUCCCCUGAUUGAUGCUGUUGCUGCUCAUGGCCAAAGCAAGCUGAGAAAGGUAACUGAACGAAUUCGGCCUCAGGUUGAACCUAAGGUAGAUGAAAGAGAUUCAUUGUUGCAACAGAUAAGAACUAAGUCCUUCAACUUGAAGCCUGCAUCUGUGACAAGACAAACAGUGACAAGACCCAGCAUUCAGGGUCCGACAACCAACUUGAGGGUUGCUGCCAUCUUAGAGAAAGCAAAUGCGAUUCGCCAGGCAUUGACAGGAAGCGAUGAAGAUGAUGAGGAUAGUUGGAGUGAUUCUUAAAGGGAAUUAUUCCACUAUAGCUCUUCACCAGCGCCGUUAAUGGCUUUGAGUGGUGGUGGAUGCUCCUUACAGAAAUCUGGAAUUUUCUGUAGUUUGGUGUAUUCUCCUCUUUACUCAAGAUUCAUGUGUAUUAUACGACCCCCUUUCUCUUUCUCUCUCCUCCCCUCCUCCCCCCAAAUGAAAAUCUAUUUGUUGAAACGUCGCUCAGCUCUAUCGACGGAAAUCUAGUGUGAGGCAAAUGCUUUAUACAAGAAUGACAGCUGCGGCGCAGCGUGCAAGCGCAGUUCCAAUCUACUUCCGCUUAUAAUCAUUUUUAAGAUAUUGGCAGGUGUAAAUUGUUGGAGUGAUAUAAAUGUAGUAUGUAGUGAAAUUUUGUAAUCCUGUAUGUAAUGGUUCUUACAAUGCAUAUAUAUGUAUGUAUCCAUAUACUCCAUUUUCUGGCUCAUAUUUUAGUGGCCAUUGUUUUUCUGUUCAUAUGGUUUUGUCGGCGUGCGGAACUUCUUCAAGAGAACAAAUAUUUAGAUUCAGUGUUUUUAAUUC